UGUGUCUGAGGCUGCCCCUUCUCCAUGGCUUUGCUGACCGAAGAGGGCAGCCUUUGGUUGAGAGAAGGGUAAAAAAGAAAGCUAAAAUAAAACACAUUCCCGUUGCUCCAUCAUGAAGAGAGACCCUUAACACUGACUCACUCAUUCUCUCUCUCUUUCUCUCUGCACUUUAGACUCUUCAAAUUCGAUACUUUGCUGUUUUUUACAGAGAACGAGAAGCUCUAUGGGCUUUAUAUCUCUCUAAAACUUUCUCUCUCUGCAUUGUCUUCUUCUACUUCAAGAAUCUCUCCCCAUUUCUUCUUCUUUUGGGUCUCUUUGGGUUUGAUCUUCUUAACUGUUUGUUGAACUGGGUGUGUUUGGUUUUUGUGGGAAAACCUAAGAUUUUGGCUGGAGAAUCCUUGUCCAUUUUGGAUUUUGAUGGGUUUUUUGAGGAUUUGAGGCGAAACCCACAGAUUCUGAGUGGGGGAAAGAGUUGUAGUGGAGCUGUAUGAAUUAGUGCUGGAACAAUGAGAGAUGAGAAUUCUAAGAACAGCAAGCUCUCAUGGUCCAAGAAAAUGGUCAGAAAAUGGUUCAAUAUUAGGUGCAAAAGCGAUGAUUUUCAAGCGGAUGAUGUUGCUUAUAGAGGAGGUGAAAUGGAUUACAGAAGCAGCAGCUUCUCAGAGAGAGAACCAUGCACCAUCAAGAAAAGCAAGACAGAGAAAUUCAGCAAAAACGGCGAGCAGGGGCGGCGAGGGAAGAUGAAUCUUGACCAUCCUCGUAUUAUAGAUGUCCAAAACUAUAGCAUUUUUGUUGCUACAUGGAACGUGGCUGGAAGAUCUCCCCCUAACAAUCUAAAUCUGGAUGAUUGGCUUCAUUCUUCACCCCCUGCUGAUAUCUAUGUUCUUGGGUUUCAGGAGAUAGUGCCAUUGAAUGCUGGUAAUAUACUGGGAGCUGAAGACAAUGGCCCUGCUAAGAAAUGGCAGGCUCUCAUUCGAAAGACUCUUAACAAUCUCCCAGGAACUAGCGGUGGUAAUGCAUGUUAUACCCCUUCUCCAAUUCCAAAGCCCAUUGUGGAAAUAAAUGCAGAUUUUGAAGGGUCUGCUAGGCAGAAGAAUUCGUCGUUCUUCCAUCGCCGAUCGUUUCAAACAACCAACAGCUGGAGAAUGGACGAUCCAUCAAUACCACAGCCACGACUUGAUCGAAGAUUCAGUGUUUGUGACCGUGUUAUCUUUGGUCAUCGGUCGAGUGAUUUUGAUCCUAACUUUAGAUGGGGCCAUAGACCAAGUGACUACUCAAGAUCAAGUGACUAUUCCAGGUCCAGUGACUUUUGCAGACCAAGUGACUACUCUAGACCAAGUGACUUUUGCAGGCCGAGUGACUACUCAAGGCCUAGCGACUGCUCACGAUGGGGUUCGUCGGAUGAUGAUAACGUUCCGUGGGAGUCACCGAGCACUGUUUUGUUUUCGCCAAUGUCCCAUGGUGGUUCUUCAUCUCAGGAUGGUGGAUAUAGAAUGCCAGGACAUUCAAGAUAUUGCUUGGUUGCAAGCAAGCAAAUGGUUGGCAUAUUUCUCACCAUAUGGGUUAAAAGUGACUUGAGGGAUCAUGUCCGAAACAUGAAAGUUUCUUCUGUUGGUAGAGGAUUGAUGGGCUACCUUGGGAAUAAGGGAUCAAUUUCUAUCAGCAUGUCAUUGCAUCAGACAAGUUUUUGCUUCAUUUGUACUCACUUAACAUCAGGAGAGAAAGAAGGCGACGAGCUUCGAAGAAACUCAGACGUGAUGGAGAUACUUAAGAAGACGAGGUUCCCACGAGUGCACGGUGCAAGCAGUGACGAGAAAUCCCCAGAAACAAUCCUUGAGCAUGAUCGAGUUAUUUGGCUCGGGGAUUUAAACUAUCGGAUCGCUCUUUCGUACCGGUCUGCCAAGGCACUCGUUGAGAUGCAAAACUGGAGGGGAUUGCUUGAGAAGGAUCAGUUACGAAUAGAACAAAGACGUGGGCGUGUCUUUGCUGGAUGGAACGAAGGAAAGAUUUACUUUCCUCCGACGUACAAGUAUUCGACUAAUUCAGAUCGAUAUGCAGGGGAGGGCAAUCACCCAAAAGAGAAACGUCGUAAACCCGCUUGGUGCGAUCGGAUAUUGUGGCAUGGGGAAGGCCUCCAUCAGUUAUCUUACGUUCGUGGAGAGUCAAGGUUCUCAGAUCAUAGACCGGUUUAUGGAGUGUUUUGGGCCGAGGUUGAGUCGAGCCGAGGGAGAUUAAAGAAAAGCAUGAGUUAUUCUAGUUCCAAGAUUGAGGUCGAGGAGCUUCUCCCAUACGCACAUGGAUACACUGAGCUGAACUUUUUCUGAAAGUGAGAUCAUAUGGCUACACAAUGCAGCCAUAAAUAAAGUGAGGCCUGUGGAAUCACUUAAAAGUAAGCUACCCCCCCACAUUUCCCCAACCUUUAUAGCUAAGCCAUUCUGGCCUAUCUUUUUUCGCCUGACCCGAAACUUUGUAUGUCGUAAUCCUCGAAAAUUUUCGAACAAGAUUCCUCCCGAAACUAGAUUAGGAUUUGUUUGAGUCUCCUUUACAAAGCUUUGUUCCACUCUUCCAUAAUUCAACCCUCAAGAAAGCUAUCUGAUUUGACUGCAAAUCUGGUCCCAGAUGGUGGUGGAGCUCAUCCUUGAAGGUCGAUCGAGACGUUUCAUAGCCCAUAGCCCGAAAAAGUCCUCAUUCCUUCCUUCCCAACACAUUGUGCCUUUGAUCAUCACAUCUUCUUAGCUGCAUAAUUCGGUCUCGUAAUCGACGACGCUUAGCUUUCAGGAUUGGAAAACAGUCAUUGAGUAAAAUUCUUUUCCUCCCUUCAUUUCUUCAUUCUUUCUCUGUCUAGGAAUACACAUUGGUUGCUAAAUACAAGUGAAUGAUACUCAUUACCAUAGUGAUGUAAAAGAGGUGAAAACCUCCACAAGAAAAGUUAAUGAAAAAGAUCAUUUAUUACAGUGUGUGAA